AUGGAAGACUGCCAGAAGAGGCUCAUACCGGACACUUACUUGAUAGUAGAUCCACUUGUUGAUAAAGUGUACUCUAAGUUGAAACUUGAGCACCCUAACAGCCCAGUAUCGGCUAAGAAACAUCUCCCUGAAGAUGAGCUUAGAGACGCGGCAUUCCUGGAUGCCGUCCAAACCUCAGUUAACAAGUGGAUAUCAGACAUAGGUCGAGUGAUCAAGCUACAACAUGAUAGACUUGCCUCUCCAUCUGGUGGUACACCUGAUGAUGCCGGAUCUGUCGCAAUUAGGGAGGUUAAUUUCUUCAUAGCGGUUGAGGCCAACCUGCUAAGUGUCAGAAAGCAGCUGGAAGAUCCUAUGGUCCAAUUCGCAUUGGAGGCUUUGAGGAUUGGUCGAAGAUUCCUCUCAACUGUUUCCUUUGAGGCACACGUGGAGCUGCCAGACAAUCUCGAGCUGGGCGGCAGUGCUUAUGGAAGAUGUAUCNNNNCUACGAAGAAUACAGUAGUGGCUGCUUAUGAUAAGGUAUUGCUUGUUGAUGUUGUGGAUACUACACCUACUGGUACUAAUGCUUGGGAACGUGCUAAACAGGAGUAUGCUGAUCUCAUCAACAGGGCUGAGAGCUUGAUCAUAGCCAACAUGAGGGAUACUCUUGGCAAUGCUGCUACUACCAAGGAUAUGUUCCGGGCUUUCGCCAAGUUCAACCCUCUCUUCUUCAGACUGCGUAUUAGGAGUGCAGUAUUGGAAUAUCAGAACUCACUAUUGAGUAAGGUUAAAGUGGACAUAUUCGAUCUACAAGAGGCAUUCAAGAAGGGCUUUGAGGGAUCUGGUACCGAGACCAUGCUCCUUCAGAGAGGGAUACCUGCUCUAAGUGCUAAGAUUAUGUGGGCUAAGCAGAUCAGUCGAAGGCUUACUACACUCAUCAACCAAGUGGCUUCAGUUCUAGGCCCUACUUGGGAUAAGCAUAUCGAUGGUCAGAGGAUCAAAGAGGAGUGUGACUUCUUUGCCAAGAAGCUAGACACCAGUCGUCUAUUCGAGAGCUGGGUUAAGCAAGCUAGAAGUGUAUCUAUAGACUGGGGUGCCCGAGUAUUGGCCAUUCAUAAGGCUAGGAAUGGAUCAUUAGCUCUACACAUGAACUUUGAUGCUGAUAUCCUUGAUCUCUGCCAAGAGAUUGCUUACUUGGAGAGUCUACAUUUCCAGAUACCAUUUGCUGUGAAGGUGAAAGGUGAGGAGAUAAGGAAGAUCUAUCCCCUUUCGGUGACCUUAAGGGAGUGUGCCGAGACCUACAUGUCUCUAGGGACUAAGCUCUCUCAGCAACCUCAAGUAGCCUCGCUGCUCGCUGCUUAUCAUGCUAAGGUUCAACAUGCUCUAGCAUCAGCGUAUGAUGUUGGUUGGGAUGAUAUCGAAGGUGUGUACUCCUAUACAGCAGAUGUGAGUGAUUUGGUAUUCUCAUUCCAAGAUCGUUGGACUGAGGUCCUACGUAUGGUGAAUCGUAUUGAUGAUCUAGUGGAUGACCAACUACCCUGUACCCACAUGGUCGAUGGUCUACCAUACCAGACGGACGCUGAUGACCUUUACAUAACAGCCAAUUCUACCCUUAUUACUGGAGGACGUGACCAACAACAACAUGAGCAUGGGGUGCUGCAUAACUAUGUGGAUGAGGUUCUGGCUAUCUUUGGUAAGGUACAGAAGAUAGUUGAUGAUCUCAAUCUAGCUGGAUGCUCCAAUCUCCGCCUUUACGUAUCUGAGCUCAACGCUAGACUAGAGGCCAGACUACGCAUGGAGUUCUCUGCAGUUGUGGGUAUAUGGGUCGAUGAGUUCGAGGAUUGGCCUCAUAAUGGUACCAGAGUUAUACCUGAGAAUAGUAUUUCCGUACACGAGCUGCUCAUGCUCCAAGAAGGGUCUAAUACGCGUCUUGUACUCAAGCCAAGCAUUGAGGAGGUAAGGGCCGGGCUCAUGGAGAAGCUUUCAAUCCUUCUAGCCAAGCUAUGCCACUUCCCUAGGAUUCGGUCUGGACGUUAUGAUAAUGUUACGGUAUCUGCUAAGAAGAAUGCUAUAGACAAUGGAGGAAGAGGAACUUGUUCAUCGUUCAUGAAUUUGGUCAACACCCAUCCAGAUGACCAGGCUUUAAGCCAAGCUUAUGAGAUCAUUGACUCUACCAUGGCUCGUAUGGCUACUUAUGUUCAUGAUUGGCAGAAGUAUGAAGCUCUAUGGAGGGCGGAGCCUUCCGCACUAUUCAACGAGCUAGGGGACGAUAUUGAGGCAUGGCAACAACUCUUGACCGAUAUCAGGGUCGCUAGGGCCGGUGUCGAUGCUGCUAGGGAUACUGAGACCUUCGGUCCAAUAGCGAUUGACUUUAGUCCAAUACAGGAACAGGUACUCCAUAAGUAUGACCAGUGGCAGAGGNNNNCUGACAAGUGGCUUGUGGUAUUCUGUGACGAGAUCAACCUACCAGUCCCCGAUGCCUACGGGACACAGAGAGUCAUCAUGUUUAUAAGGCAAAUAAUCGAGAGCGGAGGCUUCUACCGACCAAGUGAUAGGUCUUGGGUCGAGGUAGAACGUAUCCUCUUUGUUGGUGCAUGUAACCCUUCUACUGAUGCUGGACGUCAUGCUAUGAGUGAUAGAUUCCUCCGUCAUGUGCCUGUCCUAUUCAUGGACUAUCCAUCAAGUGACUCUUUGGUACAGAUCUACGGCACCUUUACUAGAGCUAUGCUUAGGCUCCAACCACAGCUAGAAGAAUAUGCUGACAUGCUUACUAAGGCAAUGGUAUCUGUAUACACAAGUAUAGGACAGACAUUCACGGUGGCAGGCUGUGGGCAGCCUCAUUACUUCUACUCACCACGAGAGCUCACUAGAUGGAAGAUUGCCUUGUAUGAGGCUAUGAUGGAAUAUGACUGUAUGACCCGUAUGGACCUUAUUAGACUCUUCAUUCAUGAGGCUAUGAGGGUAUUCCGUGAUCGGUUAACGACAAUUGAGGAGCGUACAAGGGCCGAUAGUAUCAUCGAUGAUACAGCUAAAGAGUACUUCGGAGCCACCGAGAAGGAACUAAGAAGACCUCUCAUGUUCUCCCAUUAUGGCAGUAAAUACUAUACUGAGAUUAGCAUAGAACGUAUGAGGGUAUUUGUGGGAGCUAAGCUGGAGGAAUUCUACGAGGAGGCUUUGUCUGUUAAGCUCUCGUUGUUCGAUACUAUGCUGGAUCACAUGACCAGAAUCGACCGGGUCCUCAGACAACCUCUGGGUCAUAUGCUCCUUGUCGGUGCUAGUGGGGUUGGUAAAACUGUCCUAUCAAAGUUCGUCAGCUGGAUGAACGGCCUCUCUGUCUAUCAGCUCAAGACCGGUAAGUCAUAUGAUAUCCACUCUUUCGAGGCUGACCUUCGGCAUGUUAUGAAGCGUGCUGGGGUGAAAGGAGAGAGAAUAUGCUUCAUCUUCGAUGAGUCUAACGUCCUCGGCCCAGCUUUCCUCGAGAGGAUGAAUGCUUUACUUGCUGGUGGAGAGGUCCCUGGUCUAUUCGAAGGCGACGAGUAUAACAACUUGAUCCAGGAGUGCCGUACCAGUAACGAGACCGCCACUACAGCGGACGCCAACGAGCUAUUCUCUGACUUUACGAAAGACGUCUGGACGAUGCUAAUGAUGCUCAGCGAGCUGUUCCGACGUAUUAAGCUCCUGGAGGAGAGCAAGGAUAAAGUCGAGCAUAUGAUAGCAUCUCAUGAUACGAAGGUAAUGGAACAGAUAAACAGCCUCUAUGAGGAAUGGGGGGCUAUGAGGGCCGACCAGACGACUCAACCUAACGAGUUGAUGAAGCUGCAAGCUGACCUGGCACAGGUAAUGAAUGCCAACCACUCUACAAGUUCUAUAUUCAAUGAUAUCUUAUGUCAGGUCAUAAAGGCUAAGAAGGUGUUGGAUUUAGACUGCAGCAAUGAGCGUCGCCUAGAUCCCCUGCGGGAAGAUGUAUCUAACCUGAGAGCUGUGUGGGAAGGCCUUGGAGGAGUGCAUCAGAAGCUGUCUGAUAUUGCUGAUACUCCAUGGCCAGCUGUAGUUGCAAAGAAAGUGAAGACUUCAUUGGAGCAACUUGUCGAAGAGCUCAGUCAACUACCUGAUGCGUUACGUCAAUACGAUGCUUAUGAUGAUCUACGCAGUCGAGUGGAAGCUGCCUUGGCCCUCCAUCCAAUCAUUGCUGAUCUCAAGUCUGAGGCAUUGAAGGAUCGCCACUGGAAGCAGAUUCUGGGCAUCUUGUCACUUGGUACGAUCCACAAUGGUGUCAAUGGCCUCUUAUUGGGACAGCUUUGGGAUAGCACUGGUCUCAAGGAGCGAGAGAAGGAGUUACGAGGUCUCAUGUCGGAGGCAGCUGGAGAACUAGCUUUGGAAGAGUUCAUAUCCUCUGUCAAGGAGUAUUGGACUACACUCAAUCUCGAUUUCAUACCUUAUGCUGGGGGUAAAUGCCAUCUAGUGCGGGGAUGGGAUGACCUCUUUGCACAGCUUGAUGAGCAUAUCAGCUCAUUAGAAGCUAUGAAGCAUUCACCACACUAUAAAGUAUUCGAGACUGAUACUAGAUCAUGGGAGGAUAGGUUAACCAAGUUGAGAUUGUUAUUGGAUAUCUGGGUUGAUGUACAACGUCGUUACGUCUAUCUUGAAGGUAUUUUCUGUAAUUCCGAAGAUAUUCGCACUCUAUUACCUACAGAGUCGGCCAGGUUUGGCUCGGUUGAUGCAGAAUUUGUAAGUAUUAUGAAGAAGGUGUUCGAUACUAAGGUCAACAUACUGGACAUUAUGAGCACUGACACUUACAUCCUCAAGACCCUUGAACGCUUGGGUAGAACUCUGAGCAGGAUACAGAAGGCUUUGGGUGAUUAUUUGGAGAUGCAGAGAGCUCAGUUCCCAAGAUUCUAUUUUGUUGGUGAUGAGGAUCUUCUUGAGAUGAUAGGUAACUCACAAGACCUAACUGUUAUCACACAACAUUUGAAUAAGAUGUUCGCUGGUAUAGCUGGGAUAGAGACUUGUCAGGAUGAGGAGGAUGUCAAUACUGUAUGGAUAACUGCUCUCCGGAGUAGAGAGUCGGAGAUAGUUCAACUUGGUGAUGUUCAUAAGGUUCCAGUAGACGUCUCGGUUGAUGGUACUGCUGUGCCUGGUCAGCAGCAACAACAUCGUCGUAGUAUACACUACAUUCUGACCUCCAUCGAGAAGGCCAUGCAUGCCCGUUUACCAGAGCUACUCAAUAUGGCUAUGGAUCCUAGUUUAUCGAUCUUAGACUUAGCUAGGCAAUUCCCUGCUCAGAUUGCCCUACUAGCAUGUCAAGCUCGAUGGUAUAAUGCACAGUCUGAGGCCUUUGGUAUUCAAGGUGGUACUGCAGCUCUUCUCGAGGACUGUAAAGCAAAGCUAGAGGCUCUCUCGGCCGCUGGUGGUGCCGUACAGGGUGGUGAUGACCCUCUACUGCGACGAAAGUAUGAGCAGUUGAUCAGCGAGGUCAUCCAUCAGAGGGAGAUGAGUCGUCAUCUGGACUCUGUGAAAUGCACUAGCCCCCAACACUUCGAGUGGCUUCGUAUACUAAAGCAUCGGUGGUAUCCCAAUGACAUGAGGCUCAGUGUCGAGAUAUGUAGCGCUGUCUUCGAGUAUGGAUUCGAAUAUCUAGGAGUAUGUGAUAAACUAGUCCAGACUCCUCUCACUGAUCGCUGUUACAUGGCACUAGCACAAACUCUGGAUAUGAGGUUAGGAGGUAAUCCCUUCGGCCCAGCUGGUACUGGUAAAACUGAGACUGUGAAGUCCCUCGGUGCACAACUCGGCCGAUUGGUAAUGGUGUUCUGUUGUGAUGAGAGCUUCGACUUUGCUGCCAUGGGCCGUAUCUUCGUGGGCUUGUGCCAAGUUGGCGCUUGGGGCUGUUUCGAUGAGUUCAACCGUUUGGAAGAGCGCAUACUGUCGGCAGUCAGCCAACAGAUCUUCUCUAUCCAGUCUGGAUUACGACAUCAGAAGGAUGAAGUGAACAUCCUCGAUAGAGCAGUGUCCCUCUCUCCUAAUGUGGGUAUAUUCGUUACUACCAAUCCUGGGUAUGCAGGACGGUCCAAGUUCCCUGAUAACCUCAAGCAGCUGUUCAGGCAGGUAGCUAUGAUUGUACCAGAUAAGGUCCUCAUAGCACAAGUAUUGCUAUUCUCACAAGGCUUUAAAGAGGCUGAGGCUUUGUCAUCGAGAGUAGUCGAUCUCUUUGAUAGAUGCUCUACCAAGCUGUCGAGUCAACCCCACUACGACUUCGGCCUCAGAGCUCUUAAAAGCGUGUUGGCUAGUGCCGGCAACUUGAUGCGCUCCUCUGGGGUACUACGAGCCCCAACUGCUCCAGACUGCCCCUCUGAGGAGGAUGAGGUAGACAUCGAUGCUGAGGACACCAUCAUACUUAAAGCUAUUGCCAACGCUGUGGUACCCAAGUUGGUGGGUGAGGACGUUGUAAAGAUGUCUAAGUUGGUGGAAGAGGUAUUCCCCGAGACUAAGGCCGCAGCCUUCGAUGAGGCCACUCUUGAGUUGCACGUUGUUGAUGUAUGCAAGGAGAGAGGACUAGAUCCUCAGGAAGCCUUCAUUGCCAAGUGUCUGCAACUAUACCAAUUGCAGAAGCUCAAUCACGGCAUCAUCCUGUUCGGUCCUGUUGGCAGUGGCAAAUCAACGGUUACUGCAGUGCUAUUGGAUGCCUUACAACGGCAUGAACGGAUAGUGACCAAACUGCAUGUUCUGGAGCCCAAGGCGAUGAUGAAAGAUGACCUCUAUGGUCGAUUGGACGCUACUACUCGGGAGUGGACCGAUGGGAUCUUCACUGAUAUACUACGCAAGAUCAUCGCCAACAAUGCCUCUGCUGCUGUGGCUCCUUCUGCCCAUGAUCACGAAGAGCAUAUAAUGCAGGAACACUCUAAGCCUACUACCUUUCCUAGACGCCAUUGGAUCAUCUUUGAUGGUGAUGUUGAUCCUAAUUGGGCCGAAAACCUUAACUCGGUACUCGACGAUAACAAGAUGCUCACCUUGCCAAGCGGCGAACGCCUACUUCUGCCUUCAAACGUUAGGAUACUCUUCGAGGUUGACUCCCUAAAGCAUGCUACAAUGGCUACCGUAUCUAGGUGUGGCAUGGUGUGGUUCAGCCCUGAGACUGUUACCGACGAGAUGAUCUGCAUGAGAGAGCUGAAAGACCUCCAUCGAGCAACACAGUCGCCGUUGGGAACUGGGAGGAUGGGAUCAGAUUUGGUCAGUGAAGGAUGUGUUGAUACUCUCCUCCGCUUCUUCCAUCCUGGAGGCCUAGUGUAUAGAUCCCUUGCUUAUGUCAAGGAGCUACCAUCUGGUGUACAUAUAAUGCCAUUCACUGCUACUAGAGGUAUCAAUGCUAUGUUCAGUCUGCUAAGUCACCAUGUUCACCGUGCUGUCUCUUCCUGUCGUAAUGCAUCGAUAAGAGAGAAGUAUCUCGAUAAGGCCCUGAUAUUCUCUGUAUGCUGGGGGUUUGGUGCUUCUCUCCCUCUAAUUCACAGAGAGCAGUUUGCUGUAUUUGUGGCAUCCGAGGCUGAAGCUUGUGGUGUACCUGUGCCGAUAAACUCCUGCCUCCUAGACUAUGAGGUUCGAGUAAUGGAUGGUCAAUGGACAUCAUGGACUAAUAAGGUCGGACGGAUCGAUCUAGAUGCAUCUCAAGUCCUUAAUGCUGACCUUGUUAUACCUACCAUUGACACUGAGCGGCAUGCUCAGUGUAUCAAUUCUUGGAUCGCCUCUAGACGACACUUCAUCCUCUGCGGUCCUCCUGGUUCAGGCAAGUCUAUGACGUUACUCUCAUCUCUAAGGGCUCUGGGCGAUUCCCUACAGGUGGCCUCUCUCAACUUCUCUAGUGAGUCCACUCCUGAACUACUUAUGCGUACCUUGAUGACCUACUGUGAGUGUUGCCAAACUUCUACUGGAUGGAAGCUUCGUCCAGCCUCGGGGGAAGCUGCCCCUGGUGGUGGGGCAUCUGACAAGUGGCUUGUGGUAUUCUGUGAUGAGAUCAACCUACCAGUCCCCGAUGCCUACGGGACACAGAGAGUCAUCAUGUUUAUAAGGCAGAUAAUCGAGAGCGGAGGCUUCUACCGACCAAGUGAUAGGUCUUGGGUCGAGGUAGAACGUAUCCUCUUUGUUGGUGCCUGUAACCCUUCUACUGAUGCUGGGCGCCAUGCUAUGAGUGAUAGAUUCCUCCGUCAUGUGCCUGUCCUGUUCAUGGACUAUCCAUCAAGUGACUCUUUGGUACAGAUCUACGGCACCUUUAUUAGAGCUAUGCUUAGGCUCCAACCACAGCUAGAAGAGUAUGCUGACAUGCUUACUAAGGCAAUGGUAUCUGUAUACACAAGUAUAGGACAGACAUUCACGGUGGCAGGCUGUGGGCAGCCUCAUUACUUCUACUCACCACGAGAGCUCACUAGAUGGAAGAUUGCCUUGUAUGAGGCUAUGAUGGAAUAUGACUGCAUGUCCCGUAUGGACCUUAUUAGACUCUUCAUUCAUGAGGCUAUGAGGGUAUUCCGUGAUCGGUUAACGACAAUUGAGGAGCGUACAAGGGCCGAUGGGAUCAUCGAUGAUACAGCCAAGGAGUACUUCGGAGCCACUGAGAAGGAACUGAGAAGACNNNNUAGACUCUUCUGGCCCUUCAAGGUCAUAUGCUCCUUGUCGGUGCUAGUGGGGUUGCUCAAGACCGGUAAGUCAUAUGAUAUCCACUCUUUCGAGGCUGACCUUCGGCAUGUUAUGAAGCGUGCUGGGGUGAAAGGAGAGAGAAUAUGCUUCAUCUUCGAUGAGUCUAACGUCCUCGGCCCAGCUUUCCUCGAGAGGAUGAAUGCUUUACUUGCUGGUGGAGAGGUCCCUGGUCUAUUCGAAGGCGACGAGUAUAACAACUUGAUCCAGGAGUGCCGUACCAGUAACGAGACCGCCACUACAGCGGACGCCAACGAGCUAUUCUCUAACUUUACGAAAGAGGUACAGAGGAAUCUGCACAUAGUGUUCACAAUGAAUCCGGCCAACCCGGACUUCCACAAUCGUAAAGCGACAUCACCUGCUCUUUUCAACCGAUGUGUUGUUAACUGGGUUGGGGACUGGCCGACGGAUGCCCUACUACAGGUGGAGCACUGCAGAGUUUUGGAGUAUCUCAGGAGGGGCAUCUUUCAGAUCGCCAAUGAUUCCCUCAUGCGACUAGACCUAUCCGGGCACUGUUUCAAGUCGGAUACUAUGGCCACUAGUAUGGUCUGCAUUCAUGAGAGUGUGAUGAAGCUUCAUGAUUCAUUGCGAGCGCUCAACAAGCGCUUUGCCUAUGUAACACCAAGGGACUACAUGGAUUUCCUGAGGCAUUUUGAGGAGCUCUAUACGACUAAACGGGCUGAGUGGGCAGAGCAACAACGACAUUUGAAUCUUGGUCUUGAGAAGCUACAUCAGACAGGGCAGCAGGUGGCAGAAAUGAAGACCCAGUUGUCGAGUAAAACGGAAUUACUAGCGGAGAAGAACAAGCUUGCUGAGGCUAAGAUGGCACAGAUGAUCAAAGGGCAGAGUGAAGCAGAGCAAAAGAAGAGGGAGAGCCAGUCUUUGCGGGAGAAGCUGAACAAAGAUCACCAACUCGCUGCCUCACGUCAAGAGGAGGUUGCCAGAGAAUUGGCUGAGGUCGAACCCGCUCUCAACCAUGCUAGGCAGUUGGUACAGUCAAUACAACGGAAGCAAGUCGACGAGAUGAGGUCCUUACCGAAUCCUCCCGCACCAGUCAAGAUCACUCUCGAGGCUGUCGUAUGCUUGAUAAGGAACUAUGGUCCCGGUGUGGAGCUCACUUGGGACCACAUUCGUAAGGAGCUCAAAGAUCCACAGCUUAUGGUAACAGUACUCCAAUUCAACACUGAUGCAUUGAGCGUCGCUGCUAGGGAGCGUGUGGAGGGGUAUCUAAAGUCUUCGGCCUGGGACAUGGACCGUAUAGAGCGUGCCUCUAGAGCUGCAGGGCCCUUGGCCCAGUGGGUAACGAGUCAGAUCAGCUACGGCAAGAUGCUACAGAGUAUUGGUCCUCUGAGGGCAGAGGUGGCAGAGCUUGAGACGCAACAAAAGGCUAGCAACGAGAAGCUUCGGGCAAAUAGUGAGCUCCUUGAAAAGCUAGAGAAGGAGAUAGGGCAGUAUAAGGAUGAGUAUGCUCAAUUGAUAAGCGAGGGCCAGAGUAUACGUACCGAGAUGGAGGAGGUCUCUGCAAUGUGCAAGAGGUCAUCUGAUCUCUUGGCAUCGUUGGCAUCGGAGAAGGAACGUUGGGAGGUGCAGAAGGAUACCUACAAAUCCCAAUCGGGAACAAUAAUAGGAGAUACUGUUAUGGGUGCAGCUUUCUGUACAUAUAGUGGCUUCUGUGAACAUGCUCAUCGUGAACAAUUGCACGCAGAGUGGCGUCGCAUAUUUGACUCGACCAAGAAUGGUCCUAAGAUAAACAAUAGUCUAUCUCUAAUCGAGUAUCUAUCCAAGCCAGGACAGCGUCUAGCCUGGGUUGCCAACCAGCUGCCUAAUGAUGAUCUAUCUAUUCAGAAUGCUAUCAUCAUUGACAGAUACAUACGUUAUCCGAUGAUUGUGGACCCAUCUGGACAGGCUGUUACCUUCCUACAGAAUGAGCAUGCACUCACUUCCUCGAGGUCUCAAGGGAAACUCAAGGUCACGGCAUUCACUGACCCAGCCUUCACCAAGCAUCUCGAAGCAGCCCUACGCUUUGGCACUGUCCUGCUCUUCACUGAUGUACAGAAGGUCGACCCAAUCCUCAACUCAGUCCUUAACAGAGAGAUAUUCAAGAAGGGAGGUCGUACACUCAUCACUGUUGGUGAUGUGGAUAUUGACUACUCUCCGAACUUCGCAAUGUAUAUGACUACGAGGGAUGCUUCCCUUACCUUUACUCCUGAUGUGGCAUCUAGAGUAACGAUGGUUAACUUCAACGUUACUAAGGAGUCCCUUCAAGCACAGUGUCUACAUGCUCUACUCAAGACUGAGAGACCUGAUGUUGAGGAGAAGCGAGUGAAGGCUCUCAAGCUGCAAGGGGAGUUUAGGGUACGAAUACGCGAGCUGGAGGACGGCCUCCUGCACGCCCUAUCUAACGUUACUGGUAGUAUACUAGAAGACGAGGCUAUUGUAUCCACACUUGAGACACUCAAAUGUGAAGCGGCUGAGGUUGCAGAGGAGGCAGGCAAAGCAGAUGAGAACUUGCGGGAGAUCGAGGCGGUGUCUUCGGCAUAUAUCCCUCUGUCGGCAUCAGCUGCUAACCUCUUCUUCGUGGUCCAAGGCCUCAAGGCUCUCAACAAUCUCUAUCAGUUCGGCUUAGUCCGGUAUCUGGAAUUAUACAACGUGGUGCUUCAACAUUCUUCAAGGUCUGCAGAUAGUACUACAUCUGCUGCCUCCUCACGGUUAUGGAGUAUAUGGCAGUGCUUGGUUAAGCUGGUAUAUGACUAUGUCGGCUCUGGCCUAUUAGCCGCUGAUCGUCUUAUUUUCCUAUUACGUGUUGCUGAGAUUGGUAAUGCUAUGGUAAAAUCUUCUUCUCCACCACCCUCCCAAUAUAUGCAACUACUCACCAUGCACGAUGAACAGAAGGGUGAUGGGGAGCCAUUAUCCCCAUUGAAAUGCGUGGAGGCUCUCAAUAUCAGCCAGGAUCAGAAGGAUCUUAUCACUCGGCUCGUCUCUACUGCAGUCUCCACAGGGGCUUCUUCGUUCGCUUCCGCACUACAAUCGAGUCUAAAGGCCCAUCCACAGGAGUGGGCAGCAUUCUUGACUGUCACUAACAGUACAGCUAUUAUCCCACAAGGAUGCCAUCAUUCAGGGGAUUCAGUAUUAGUCUCUCUGGAGAACGUUAUUAUAUCGAGAUGGAUGCGACCCGAUCUAGCAGAAGAAUAUCUAGAACGCUAUGCUGAGGGGUUACUAGGCUUGGACAAGCCACUCACUCCCUUCAAUGCUCCAUCCUUACAAGAUUCGAUCACAUCUCGUUCGAUGAUGCCCAACACUACGCUUUAUAUACUGGCCUGUACUCCUGGCUUUGACCCAUCUCUGCGUAUCGUUGAUCUAGCUGAGAGACUAGGAGUCCAGUUGGAGAUCGUGGCCAUGGGGUCUCCAGAGGGAUAUUCUCUAGCUGAUCGAGCCGUAGCAGCGGUUACGAAGCAACAGGGUCGCUGGGCUUUGCUUACUAAUAUGCAUCUCUGCCUACCAUACUUCCGCACUCUAGAUAGGAAACUUCCAACUCAUCCUCAAGGCAACUUCAAGCUCUUCAUCACGCUUGAUAUUGAGGCAUGCUCUGGGCAAGCUCUACCGGAUACCCUCAUGAAGUCGGCCCGGAUAUUGAUGUUCGAGGCGCCUACUGGUGUUAGACCAUCACUUCAGAGAAGCUACGCAGAGGUACUACUACCAGCGCGUGUCCAGAGGGGGCCAGUAGAACGGAACCGAUUACACUUCCUCCUGGCCUGGCUACAUGCCAUUGUAUUGGAAAGGGUGAGGUACGCUCCUGUUGGAUGGACCAAGGAGUUCGAUUUUUCAGAGGCUGAUCUAUCUUGUGCAGUUGAAUUGACUGAUAAAUGGUUAGAUGAGGCGCUUGAAGCAUCAUCGUCAUCAGAAGGCAAUCCAACUAAGCGGAGGCUCAUCAAUAUCGAUCCGGCUAAGAUACCAUGGGAGGCUAUAAGGACCACCCUCAUCGAUGUGGUGUAUGGUGGACGGUUGGACAAUGAUACAGACCGUGAGGCUCUAACAUCAAUCGUGGAGUAUCUCUUCUCACCAAAGGCUUAUCAUAAGGAUUUCUUACUCAAUCCUGGUGCUGUGGAUGGUGAUGGGGUACUUCUUCGUGUACCAGAUGCUCGUAAACGAGAGGACUUCCUAACCGUCAUCGACACCUUAUUCACAGGCAAACCCACACCUCAAUGGGUUGGGCUCCAGCCUGAGGUGGAGAAUUACUUAAAGGCCCGGAGAGCUGGUAGAUGCCUGGCUAUGUGGUUGCAACUCCGAUCUUUUGACGUUGACUUCUCUAUGAGGUUUGGUCGAAAGCUAGCUUUAGCCCUUCAGAACGAUACAGAAGAUGCUCCGUUCAUCUCCCAUAAGCAUUUGAAGGAGAUACUCAGCCGGCAGGUUCGUGAGAUACGCUCCCUGAAUGACAUGGCCAAUAAGGAAUCCCAGGAGGCUAAGUCAAGCAAAGAGACCAUCAGAGUUAUGGACAGUCAUUUCUUUGCUACGAUGGACUCUGACGUAGAGGCUAUGCUUGCCUACAUUGGCACCAAACAAGAGGGUCUGGCCCGUAGUGUUGCAGCUCUUGUGGUUAGAGCUCAACAAGCUGGCUUGAUCGAUCAAGACAAUCAACCACCUAAUGGGAUGCUCAAUUCCACAUUGACCCAGGUAUGCGUUGUGAUGUCUCAACUUGGGAGUCUACUGAGCGGGUAUUUAGUACAGUGCGCCGCCUACUCCCAACUAACUAUGAUUCUGUCUGGAUCGUUAUCCCUGGGGAUGGAUAUGGCACGUGAAUUAGAAACUGUCACAGAAGAAGCUAAUAAACUCCUAGCCUAUAUUGACAUUAACGUAGCUGGUAUGAGGAAGCUACUCAAACAGCAUGAUAAACAGAUACCUGUUGAAUACCAAAAACGGCCUAUUGGAUCGGCACCAUACACCAGUCAUCAUAGACUCCUGACUGAUGGUGUAUUGAGAGCUGUUACUGAGUUGAACAAGGUCCGAACUUCUAUUCAGGGCCUCUUUCAGGUUCUCCAAGCUGUGAAUGCCCCUGGACUAGAGCAGUUGGGUUCUCUACCUCCUCUGGCUGAAGUUCAUUUGGGUUCUGAAUGUGAACUCGUGUUGGGUCUACGAGCUAAGAUACUCCUUUCGAGACAGUCGCCAUCUACAGCAACCCCGUCCCCUCUUGCGUCCCCACCACCUUAUUCGUCGCCUAUGGGUAUGACCCCGGGGAAGGUAGGGCUUGACGAUGCAAUCAAGUCUGUAUUCCAUUAA